GGACGAGGAGAAAGAGUGAGGAGGAGGACCCGAAAGUGGCAAGAGCGCAGAGUGACACUGAUGGGCAAUCGGCCGCGGCCAGAGCAGCACGCAGCAUCCGGGGGGAACGUGGCCGGCCCGGGGGCCCCAGGCGGGCUUCCUGGAGCCCUGGCUCUGCGGCCGCCUGCACCCUGACACAGGCCUGAUAAGAGCCGGCUGCUUUAUCAGAGCCCGGUGGCGCGGUCCCCACGAGGAAGACCCGGGGACCAGUGUGUCCUGAGUCCCACAGCGGAUGGGAGCCGACGCUUGCUUCAGCAAUAGGGAGAGCCGGGCUGCCUGCAGGAGGACGGCGUGACACGGUCCUGAAUGUCCAGACCCGCUGGACGGUGACGGCCAUGUCAGUGAGGGUGCGGUUCCUGUCCUCCGGGGACACAGGGGCCGUGGGGGUCAUGGGCCGGAGCGCCUCCUUUGCAGGCUUCAGCAGUGCCCAGAGCCGGAGGAUCACAAAGUCCAUCCACAGGAACUCAGUGAGACCUCGAAUGCCUGCAAAAUCCUCCAAGAUGUACGGCACGCUGAGGAAGGGAUCUGUCUGCUCGGACCCGAAGCCACAACAAGUGAAGAAGAUCUUCGAAGCACUGAAGAGAGGCCUCAAGGAGUAUCUGUGCGUCCAGCAGGCCGAGCUGGACUACCUGUCAGGACGCCACAAGGACACGCGCAGGAACUCCAGGCUGGCUUUCUAUUAUGACCUGGACAAGAAGCAAACACGCUCUGUGGAAAGGCACAUUCGGAAGAUGGAGUUUCACAUCAGCAAGGUGGACGAGCUCUACGAGGGCUACUGCAUCCAGUGCCGCCUGCGCGACGGCGCCUCCAACAUGCAGCGGGCCUUCUCCAGGUGCCCGCCGAGCCGCGCCUCCCGAGAGAGCCUGCAGGAGCUGGGCCGCAGCCUGCAGGAGUGCACCGAGGACAUGUGGCUCAUCGAGGGGGCCCUGGAGGUUCAUCUGGGCGAGUUCCACAUCAGGAUGAAAGGCUUGGUGGGCUACGCACGCCUCUGUCCCGGAGACCAGUACGAGGUGCUCAUGCGCCUGGGCCGCCAGCGCUGGAAGCUGAGGGGCCGGAUCGAGUCUGACGACAGCCAGACCUGGGAUGAGGAGGAGAAGGCCUUCAUCCCUACCCUGCACGAGAACUUCGAAAUCAAGGUGACAGAGCUUCGCGGCCUGAGCUCGCUGGCGGUGGGCGCAGUCACGUGUGAUAUCACCGACUUCUUCACCACCCGACCGCAGGUCAUCGUGGUGGACAUCACAGAGCUGGGCACCAUCAAGCUGCAGCUGGAGGUGCUUUGGAACCCGUUUGACACUGAGAGCUUCCUGGUGUCGCCCAGCCCCGUGGGCAAAUUCUCCAUGGGCAGCAGGAAGGGCUCCUUGUACAACUGGACACCCCCGAGCACCCCCAGCUUCCGGGAGAGGUACUACGUGUCUGUCCUGCAGCAGCCAGCACAGCAGGCCUUGCUGCUGGACCAGCCGAGGGCCACCUCUAUCCUCAGCUGCCUGUCUGACGGUGACAUUCGGGGCCCCAGCCUGCGGAGCCAGAGUCAGGAGCUGCCUGAGAUGGACUCCUUCAGCUCCGAGGACCCCCGAGACACUGAGACCAGCACGUCAGUGUCUACCUCGGAUGUAGGGUUCCUGCCCUUGGCCAUCGGCCCCAACAUCUCUAUUGAAGAGGAGGCCCAGGAGGACCCCCCACCCCUGGGCCUCCUGCCAGAGAUGUUCCACCUGGCAGAGGGUGCAUUUGUGGAGCAGCCUGGCUGGAGAAAUUUUGGAGUGGAAAGCCUGGACCUGCCACAGGGCUCCCCGUUCCACGACCACAGGAUCCCGGGGAGCCAGGAGGGCCACGAUGAAGGAGAAACUGAGGAUGUAGAUGGGCCCCGGGUGCCCCUUGAGAGGCCCCUGCAGGAGGUCCUGGAUUUACUGCGGUCCAGAGACCCUGCCCCGCCCCAGCUCCGGGAGCUGGAGUACCAGGUCCUCGGCUUCAGGGACCGGCUGAAGCCCCGUGGAGCCCGCCAGGAGCAUGCCUCCACCGACAGCCUGAUGGAGUGCAUCCUGGAGAGUUUCUCCUUCCUCAACGCCCACAUCACCCCGCACGAGCUGGCCCUGUUUGGGGGCUCCCAGGACCCCCGAUCGGACAGGACCCCACCUCUACCGCCAUCGCUGAAAGCGUCAUCCAAGGAGCUCACGGCUGGGGCUCCGGAGCUGGACAUGCUGCUCGCGGUUCACCUCCAAAUCUGCAAAGCGCUGCUGCAGAAACUGGACUUUCCUAAUUUGUCGAGGAUGGUCCAGGACUGCCUUCUGGAAGAAGCCGCACAGCAGAAGCAAGUUCUGGAGAUGCUUUCUGUGCUUGAUUUUGAGAAGGUCAGCAAGGCAACAUCUGUUGAAGAGAUCGUCCCGCAGGCUUCCCGGAGGAAGGGGUGCCUGAAGGUGUGGAGAGGGUGCACAGAGCCCGGCGGGGUCCUGUCCUGCCCCGGCACAGCGCUGCUGAACCAGCUCAAGAAGACGUUCCUGCACAGAGUCGGAGGGAAACACCCAGGGCAACUGGAACUAGCCUGCCGCAGGCUCCUGGAGCAGGUGGUCAGCUGCAGCGGGCUGCUGCCCCGAGCCGGGCUCCCCGAGGAACAGACCGUCACCUGGUUCCAGUUUCACAGCUACCUGCAGAGGCAGAGUGUCUCCGACCUGGAGAAGCACUUUGCCCAGCUCAGCAAGGAAGUAACACUCGUUGAGGAGCUGCAGUGCGUGGGCCGUGCCAAGACAGUCAGGAAGCUACAGGGGAAGCGGCUGGGCCAGCUUCAGCCCCUGCCUCAGACACUGAGGGCCUGGGCGCUGCUCCAGCUGGACGGGACCCCACGGGUGUGCAGGGUGGCCAGCGCUCGCCUGGCCAGCGCAGCCAGGAACAAGAGCUUUCGGGAAAAGGCUUUGCUCUUCUACACCAACGCCCUGACUGAGAACGACACAAAACUCCAGCAAGCCGCAUGCGUGGCACUAAAACAUCUCAGGGGCAUCGAAAGCAUUGAUCAGAUUGCCAGCCUAUGCCAGUCUGACCUGGAGGCCGUGCGCGCGGCAGCCAGGGAAACCACGCUGUCGUUUGGUGAAAAAGGACGUUUAGCUUUUGAGAAGAUGGACAAACUUUACUCAGAACAAAGACAAGAAGCCUUUGGCCAGGAGGCAGAUGUUGAAAUCACAGUAUUUUAAAAAGCCUUAGCCGAUGAGCUCAAAUCUGGCAUCUGUUUUUGCUGCUGCCCAGCCGUGACAUGGGGACUGAGCUUUGGGUGGGGGUACGCUGUGCGCUCCCCAAGAAGCAUGAGCUGGCCAAGCUGCUCUGAGUCUCCGGGCCAGUUACAAAGCCAGGGCACAAGUGGGACUUUUGUACAGGGGCACAUGAGCUGACGCACAGCACUCUGAAGACUGCACUUCAGCCGGCUUUUGGCUUCGGGAAUCUGUCUUGAUCUUCCCCAGGAGGCAGAGCUGGGUCAGUGCCAGCCACAAGGAGGCCACCAUUUCCGGUUCAAUAAAGACUGGGACUGACGGGCGGCUCACCAUGCUAAGGAGAGAGGAGGUCAAGUCAUUUCAAUGGCAGCAAGCUGUCACCAAGGCGAGCUGGCAGGGGCGGGAGGCAGAGCCAAGGUUUCUACGAUUCACUCCCUUAACCCGAGCUGCAGCCCACGUGCCACAGUGGAGACUGGUGGCGGCCUGCUGACCACCGACCUUUUACUGUGGUUCAAGAGCACAAAGGAAAGGAGGACAUGCCAUCAGCCAAGUAACCUGGAGUGUCACGUCAGUGAAAGCAUUUGCUUUGACCUCACGAAGCAAAAUGGAAUCCAGUUUUCAAAGGAAGUCAAUUUAGGGCUUAUUGAGUAAAUUGCUUCAGGAACCAUAGCUGGUUUGAAGAAAGAUUUCACUGAAGAUCAUGUUGAAGGAAAGAAAGUUAGUUUCCUGUUUAAGUCUAUUAAAACAAAAACUCCAGUGUGUCCUGAGCUUUCUGUGUUAAUAAUGUAGAGACAAGCCGGGUCUGACGGUGGCCGUCGGCAAUGGCACCGAGCAGCUGUAACUUAAACGUGCUCAUUUAAUUUCCUGUGUAUACUCUGUGCUUGUUGGUUUAACUUGGUAUUUAUUUGCCUUGUCUAUAUGUUGUUUUCUGAAAUUUCAAUUAAAAUAACUUUUUAUUGGUA